AUGCAAAGAGCAACAGGUGUCCUCCGAAUACUCGGAAGUUUCAGUCAACGAUGUUCACCUAGCUCUUCAGCUACGCCUUCCAGGUUUCAGACAAUGAAUUCCAGAAGAAAACGGAAUUCAAUUCGAAAAGCUGCUGCUAUUGAAGAUCUCGUCGAACCAAGAAAAGUGAAACAUGUUACACAAGCGGCUGCUGGAAUGGAAGAAUGGAUUGGCUCACUGAAUAAUGCAGCUAUUCACAUGGCGUUAGACGAGUUCAUGAGACGACCAAUGGUUCGACAGUUAGCAAAAGAAAAUGGAAUAAAUGACAAACUGUUCAUAAGAGCGUUUAAAUCCUUCAGAGAGUACUGUACGCCAGAAGACUUGAGUUCUGUUGAUCCUGGAUUGCUAAUUCUAAUGAGUGAUAUUUCUAAAGGAGGGAAAGACUGUGAGAUGCUCUAUCCUUUCUUUUUGGAUCACUCAAAACAGGUGUUCCCACAUCUUGAAGCAAUGGACGAUCUUCGUAUUAUUUCUGAUUUAACUCGACCCCACAAUUGGUAUCCUGAAGCCAGAAGUAUCAUAAGGAAAAUCUUUUUCCAUGCUGGACCUACAAAUAGUGGAAAAACGUACCAUGCUUUGAAACGUUUCGGAGAGGCAAAAAGUGCAGUCUUCUGCGGACCUUUAAAACUUUUAGCUACUGAAGUUUUCAACAGAACUAACGCUCUAGGAAUACCAUGCGAUCUAGUCACUGGUGAAGAAAGGAGAUUUGCUAAAGACAACCACCAUCCAAGUCAACAUCUUUCGUCUACCGUAGAAAUGCUUUCCACUCAAAUGAGGGUCGAGGUGGUGGUUAUUGAUGAAAUUCAAAUGCUUCGCGACGAACAACGUGGAUGGGCUUGGACAAGAGCCCUUCUCGGUGCAGCUGCAGAUGAGAUUCAUUUGUGCGGUGAACCAGCUGCCAUCAAUAUUGUCAAAAAGUUGUUGGAACCAAUUGGAGAAACCGUCGAAGUUCGGUAUUACGACAGAAAAUCUCCCCUGACUAUUGCAGACAGAGCAAUUGAAUCUUAUUCAAAUAUCGAACCUGGUGAUUGUAUUGUAUGCUUCUCAAAACGGGCAGUUUUCUUCAAUUCAAAAAAACUAGAGGAAAAUGGAAUCAAGCCAGCAGUGAUCUAUGGAGAUCUUCCACCCGGAACGAAACUUGCACAAGCUGCAAAAUUCAAUGAUCCCGAUGAUGAAUGCAAUGUACUUGUCGCUACUGAUGCUAUUGGAAUGGGACUGAAUUUGAAUAUCCGACGAGUUAUCUUCAACUCAUGCACUCGUCAAACAGAGCUGCUUCCCACCUACGCAGCUCUGCAGAUUGCCGGACGAGCUGGAAGAUUCGGAACUGCUUACGCUAAUGGAGUUGCAACGACGAUGAGAAAAGAAGAUCUCGGAACUUUGAAAACAAUUCUAGCUGAAAAAGUGGAGCCAAUUACGAACGUUGGAAUCGCUCCAACUUAUGAUCAAAUCGAAACGUUUUCAUUCCAUCUGCCACAGGCAUCUUUUGUACGCUUAUUGGAUCUAUUCGUCUCGGUUUGCUCAGUUUCCGAUCAUUUUUUCAUUUGUACCGUCUAUGAUAUGAGAGAAUUAGCUGUUUUGAUCGAUCAAGUUCCGUUGCCAUUGAAAGUCCGCUACACAUUCUGUACCUCUCCAUUGAACACAGAUGAUAAGAGAACAGCUGCAGUUUUCGUAAAAAUGGCCAGAAGAUUUGCUACUGGUCAAGCUCUCACUUACGAAUGGUUGAUGGAUAUGCUCGAAUGGCCACCGAAGCCAGCAUCAACUCUCUCUGAGCUAUCACUUCUAGAGCAGAACUAUGAAGUUCUCGACCAAUACAUGUGGUUGUCUAUGCGUUUCCCAGAUAUGCUACCGGAUGAACCCCGAGUUCGUGACGCGUCGAAGAUUUUAGACAAAAUGAUUCAGGACGGUGUCGAAGGAUUCAUGAGCCUGCUUGCGGUUGGACCUGGAGAUAACUCUGAUUCGAGAGAGAAAAGAUUGUCACGGCCUUCAGAAGAGAAGUUGGCGAAAUCAGCGUCAGAAAAGCCAACAAGAAAGUCUUCGAUUUUGGAGGCAUUGCUGAAGCGAACAGAUAUCAGUGAAGAAGAUCUGGACCAGCUGAGAGAGGAAUUGAACAAGAAGAAGAAGAAACCGUGA